AUGUCGGUAAAGUUCCAGGACGCCCAAAAUGCCGCCACCGCCGCUGCGGGCGACAUAUCGAUCCGGAAAGAAUCAAAGGAGCUGGCGCAUAAGGUCGGCGAACGCCUGACUGGAGGCAACGCGGAGACCGGUUAUCUCGCCAUAUAUCUCCGAGAGCUGCAAAACAACCCUCUGCGCACAAAGAUGCUGACUUCCGGUGUCCUCUCUUCUGCGCAAGAGUUUCUCGCUUCCUACCUCGCCAACGAUGUGAGCAAGCACGGCCACUACUUCAGCUCCCGCGUGCCGAAGAUGCUCCUAUACGGCAUGUUUAUUAGUGCCCCUCUGGGUCACCUUCUUGUCGGCAUUCUGCAACGCAUCUUCUCGGGUCGCACCAGCUUGAAGGCCAAGGUUCUUCAGAUUCUUGCCAGCAAUCUGAUUGUGUCCCCCAUCCAAAACGUCGUCUACCUGACGUCGAUGGCCAUUAUCGCUGGCGCGCGUACCUUCCACCAGGUCCGCGCUACCGUCAAGGCUGGCUUCUUCCCUGUCAUGAAGGUCAGCUGGAUCACCUCGCCUCUGGCGCUUGCCUUCGCCCAGAAGUUCCUCCCUGAGCACACCUGGGUGCCAUUCUUCAACAUCAUCGGGUUCUUCAUCGGAACCUACGUCAACACCCACACCAAGAGAAAGCGCCUCGAAGCCCUGCGAAAGCGUUACGACCAGCGCCGCGGCGGCCCCGGCAGCGAGUACGAGAAGGGACCCGGUGGCCCCGAAUACCGAUAG